CCGCUCGGCUCCCCCUCUCGCCGGCGCCCUGCCUGUCUUGCGUGUGCGUGUGCGUGUGCUCAGCCUCAGCGUGAGGGGCACCUGCUCGUCUGGGCUCACAGCGAAGGCAGCCUCGCCGCGAGCUGCCGCUGCCGCCACUGGUGCUACCGCUCGCAGGCGCCAGGCUCCCCGUCGCCACCGCCGCCGCCGCCGCCGCCUCGCCAGCCAGAGUUGGGCUCCGUGGGCUUCCCCCCUCGCAGCCUCGGUCCUUCCCCGGUGCCUGCAAGUCAGCCUGGCUCCGAGUCACGUGUCAGUGCCUGAGGCAGAGACUGCGAGAAAAAAACGCGCUUCAUUCCUUCUUCCACCGCCAUACUGUAUUUUAUACUAAAUCUCAUUUUUAUUCCAACAUUUUACUCCCGCUCGGAUUAAAGCAAGGAGAGCCAAUCAUGACUGGCAAAACACAGACCAGCAACGUCACCAAUAAGAAUGACCCCAAGUCCAUCAACUCCCGUGUUUUCAUCGGCAAUCUAAAUACGGCAAUUGUCAAGAAAGUUGACAUUGAAGCCAUUUUUUCAAAGUAUGGAAAAAUAGUUGGAUGUUCCGUUCACAAAGGUUAUGCAUUUGUACAGUACAUGAGUGAGCGACAUGCAAGAGCUGCAGUGGCUGGAGAAAAUGCCAGAGUCAUCGCUGGCCAACCACUUGAUAUCAACAUGGCAGGAGAGCCCAAACCAUACAGACCAAAACCUGGAAACAAGAGGCCCCUUUCUGCACUUUACAGACUUGAAUCAAAGGAACCUUUCCUGUCUGUUGGCGGUUAUGUCUUUGACUAUGAUUACUACAGAGAUGAUUUCUACAAUCGGUUAUUUGAUUACCACAGGCGUGUGCCUCCACCUCCCCGUGCAGUAAUUCCACUGAAGCGUCCCAGAGUGGCAGUCACAACGACUCGCAGGGGGAAAGGAGUCUUUUCCAUGAAAGGUGGAUCGAGAUCUACUGCCAGUGGGUCAACAGGCUCUAAAUUGAAAUCAGAUGAGUUACAGACCAUCAAGAAAGAAUUAACCCAGAUCAAAACCAAAAUUGACUCCUUGCUGGGGCGCCUGGAGAAGAUUGAGAAACAGCAGAAGGCGGAGGCAGAAGCUCAGAAGAAGCAAUUGGAAGAGAGUCUAGUGCUGAUCCAAGAGGAAUGUGUGUCAGAGAUUGCAGAUCACUCUACAGAGGAGCCUGCUGAAGGAGGGCCAGAUGCCGAUGGAGAAGAGAUGACAGAUGGGAUAGAGGAGGACUUCGAUGAAGAUGGGGGUCAUGAGCUGUUUCUACAGAUAAAGUGAUCUGAAAUAAUGCAUGAUGCCGCAAAGCAGAAAAGAGAAACUGUGACAACCCCCAGAAAUGUGAAAGGAGGUUUCUUACUGGACAGCAGCAUCUUUGGUUCAAUUUAUAUAAAAACCCAAAUAAAUAAAAUGGACAGUAUUGCUCAGUUUUAGAAAUUCCAUUUCUUCUAUGUUUUAAGCUGUACAAUUGUCAGGUUUUUAUGGUUUAAAUUGUAAAUGUGUUUUCCCCUUUGCUAAUUAUGUUUUUUUUUUUUAGUCUUAAAAUGUGAAAGGCAUUUAUGAAUGGUAAGGGAGACACUAUAUACAAAUGUAUAUUUGUAAAAGCUAUUUUUAUGAUUAGCAUGUUUCACUGUUGAUCAUAUAUAAAGUCAGGUGAUAUUGCAAUUCUGUAUUUAAAGCUUAUUUCCAACAAUGUCAUGUAAGAAAAGAUGCAUCUUAUGCUAGUUUUUAUAAUUUAUUUAUAAUUUAUAGUUUAAAGUACUUCAGAUCAUAAUGAUAAAAUACUUGAAAAAGUUAUAUUUCUGCCCUGUAUAAGCACCCUUUUUAUUAAUAAAGAAUGCAGAUAUUUCAGAUGUGAUAUAAUAGUUAAAGAACUGUUGGUUUGAUCUGUGAUUAAGUUGAGCAUGCUCCGCUCUACUGAACUAAAUGAUCCAAUUAUUACUUCAGUCUGGGUAUGAGAUUCCAUGGACAAGUAAGGACUAGAUUGCCAAGGAAAAGACUGUCUUGCCCUUGGAUCCAAAAGUUUAAAUUAGUGCAUACAUCAUGUCAUUUCACCUCCUGUUCCUAGGAACUCUCCAUUCCCAAGCAUUGCCAGUGUUUUCCAGAUAAUCUUAGAUGUUGUCUUGUGCUGUGGAAAUGGAAGAAACCAUCUUCACAGACUGUAGGAGAAUUCAACAUAUAAUUUCUUAAUAAAUACUGUUUCUUUUAAAACAAAGUUGGUGUGUAUCUUUCCUUUGGGGUACAUUUAGUUUUAAUAUUCAGUUUGAAGUUUUUCAGUCACUGUGGUACCACAAAAUCAGCUCCAUAAUGAAAGUAGCGUAUCUUUACCAAAGCGUGCAUUAUAGGUUCUACAUGCCCACACUCUCUUGGGAGUGACCUGUAUUCUGGCACUGAUAAUUUGCCAUGUAAAAGAAAGCCAGAUGGCCUUCAAACCUUGACAGAAGUCAUACUCCAGUUUAUAUUUUAGGAAACUAUAUUUUUCCUCUAAAUACAGAAUUUUAAGAAAAUAUUUCAGAAUACUACUGAAGGUGAAACUACUUCAUCGGGAGGUAUUUAUGUUCUGCCAGACUUAAAGUCUAUACCUAAAUGACUGCAAGUUCCUCAUUAAAGAGCACAGAGACAACAUCUAUAAAUGUCACCAAGGACACUUAGUAAGAUUAAGCCCUCCUUUUUUCAAAGAAACUGAGGAGAGUCUAAAACCGCCUUGGUACGUGUUCCCUUAAUUUUCUAUUUAAUUUCUUUAAGGUGAUUUAUCUUAUUUCUCUGUCUUUUGAAGACAAGCUAAUGAAAAGCAAUGCCAUUUUAUCCAACAAGAGGUAUUAAAAACCAAAAUUCUGGACAAAGAAAAAGAAUUACAACUCUAAUAUUAAAGAACAUGAAUAUACUACAUUUUCCUAUUUAAAGUCUUUAGAAAGUUGCACAUAGAACCUAGGAUCUGGAUCAAGAAUGUACUUCCUUUUUAAGGGACUGCAAAAACCAUACCAUGGUGCACUGUUAGUUAUUUUUGAUGACCGUAAUAGGCAUGGGAGAAUUUGUGACUGCCAGAUUAGACUCUGAAACUGAAAAUAACCUGUGUAUGGUUCUACAUAAAAUCAGCAAGGUGGCUUCUUGGUUUUCACCAAACAGAUGAAUUUGCUAGGAAUAAUCUGAUACUCCAGAGAGGAAGUGUUGCAGGCACUGUGUAUUAGAAAAUUAUGUAUGUGAAUAUUUUUCCCAAUUUGUCAUUUGUCCUCAUAGUAUUCAAUAAAUGGUGUGGCAUUUAUAAUCAAGCAUGAUCAUAAAUUAUUGAGAGUAUCA